AUAUAAACACCAAUACAAAUAUGAAACAUUAACUCAAAUUAGUAGAAUAAUAGAUUGCGCACAGGUCUAUUCAAGUUUCCUUGACUAGCCAAUGAGAAGGAUUUGGCAAUUAAAAUAUAAAACAUUAAAUCUCCCCCUCAUAAAACGGGCCUAUAAAAGAGCGAUUUUUAGCUCAUUUACCACCUCAUUUUUUUUUUAAAAUUGGUCAUGAAGUAUCUUUGAACCAGAAUAUCUCGCGAUUGUGCUCUCUAUGAUUUUAAAAUUUUUUUAUACUUGGUGUUUAUUAUCUAAAUCUCUCGUAAGUAAUGUAAUUUAAAUAAAUAACUUAACCUUUUUAUCUUUUUAUUUUUAGUCUUAAAUAUUCAUAAAAUAUUAAGACGUUUAAAAUUUUUUAUUUUGUAUUUUGUGAGUUGUUCCAAUUAAGAAUUUUUUUUAAUUCUUCAAUUGGAGUGUCUAUUUAAUAAGUGCAUUUCGAAAAUCUACCUUAGCACAUCUAGCGGUUGAAACUGUUGUAAUACAAUAGUUUGUGACGUGUCACUAAGGAGAUCGUAGAAUGUAUCUUAAAUUUAAAUAGAUACGUGUUUGAUUGAUUGCACAAGAUACUGAUGGUUUGUUGAAAUCAUUACCCUAGCACAUCUAGCGGUUGAAAUUAUUGGUAAAACAAUAGUUUGUGACGUGUCACUAGGGAUUGAUUCUCAUAUUCCAUUACGUUCUUUUCGGCAAGCAGUUUUUGACUCUGUAAGGUCCGUGCAUCGACGAGAGUAAUCUCCGAUGGUGUAGCCAGCCUGUCUCUAACUCUGUCGACUCUCAUGUCAAACACACAAUUUCAUAAAAUAUUGAUAGUUUGUUGAAGUCAUUACCCUAGCACAUCUAGCGGUUAAAACUAUUCGUAAAAAAAUAGUUUAUAACGUGUCACUAGGGAUUGGCUCUCAUAACCUAUCUGGUUAUUUAAAUAUUCAUUUUAAAAUAUAAAGUAACACAUAUACUCAGACACCAAGUAUAGAAAGGAACCACAGUGAAGUAAUAUUUCAAGUUUAGUAAUUUACAUAAUUUUACAAAAUAAAUAAAUAGAUAAAAGUCAGUGCUCUUUUUAUUUAUAUCAUUUUUACAACAAACGAUCAAGCUAGCUGGACACAAGACAAAAAUAUGUUGCGGCAAAAAUAACUGGGAAAAAACUGAAAUAUCAUUAGAAACAGCUUUAAAAUUAGAUACUGGAUUCUCGUACCUUAGUUAUGAUGAGGUACAAAAUUUGUCAUUUUCAGAUAUCAAAAAUAAAAUCUUGGAAGAAAAUCAAAAUCUAGAAAAUGUUGUGUUAACAAAAAAAACGGAUGUAAUAUUUUUGGAUCUUUUUUGUAGUAAUAUAUUUAAUUGUUCGGAAUAUACGGAAAUUUUUUAUCGCCUCAUUAAUUAUCCACCUGGACAAACUUAUGAUAUAAAUACAAUAAUUAUAAAUGAAUCUAUUACAAAACAAUUUUUAGUUACAAUGAUAAAUUAUUAUAUUGACGAUAAACUAACUAUUUUUUGGAUGAUGCAUUUAUAUACUUAUUAUGUUCAGUUGUUUAGUAAUGAUGUAUAUAAAUAUAAAAAUAAUAUUAGAAAAGCUAUCGAACUCGUUCUCAGUAAUUUAGAUAUUGUAAGUACACAAAUAUGUCGACAAAAUAAUAAAUAUCAUGUUAGUUAUUAUCCUGAAGAAUAUUAUAUACUCCUCACAAAACUAAUAAAAACUAUGUAUCAAAGAAAAGAAAUUAACAAAAUUGAAUUAGAAAAUGUAAAAGGACAAGAGAAUUCGUUCUCACUCAGAAAUAUUUAUAUGUGUGACAUAAUUGAAGACAAAAAAUUACUGAGAACUAUUAUAACGGAUUUUGGUGAACAGAGUGAAGCUAUUUUUGAGACUAUCUACAAUAAUUUAUAUAAAGAAUAUACAAUGGCAAAGAAUUAUUUUUGGUUUGAUUCAUGGAUACAACAAAUAGGAAUUUACCAACAAAAACUCUUAAACGUUCUUAAAACUGUUUUAAUGCAUUUAAUGAGAAAAAAAUUGAUGUAUGAUUCUUUAUUGUUAAAAAAUAAACAAAAAGUAGAUGCAAUAUAUGGCCUAAAAAAAUUGCUAUGUUUAAUUGAGAAUACCAUUAUAUUAUUUGAUGGCCAAGAAGCUUGUGAUAUUCAAAAAGUAUUCAAAUCUUUUAAUCAAGGCAAUUACCAUAAUGAUUUGAUUUUAAAUAUCGAAAAUAUAAUAAAUAAAAUAAAACCGAACUCUUUUGAAUUAAUUUCAAAUGAUUUAAUAAGUGAUCCAGGCUACGAAUUCAGUAUUAAUAUUAAAACUGAAAUGUUUAUCACAGAUUAUAAGUUAAAUGAAGAUGAUUUCAAAUAUAUUGAAUAUUUAUACACAAUAUCAAAUUCUGAAGCAAUGAAUAAUCAUUUAGUAAAAAUAUUCUUUUUUACUAAGUUAAUCGAUAAAACAUUACAAAGUGUCAAUAUAAAAAGUAUUUUAUCAUAUUUAAAAUUUAUUGAAACUUUCAAAAUAUUCACUAACCAUAAUGAAAAUAACGAUGAAAAUAAUGGUGAUAAUAACGAUGAUAUAAGGUUAUUAGAUUUGUGAAAAUAAAUUUUUUACCCUCAUCAACUAGUUUUUUCAAACAAAUUAUGAUAAUUUGUUUCAAAUCAAUACUAAAAUUAUUUUAAAUUAAAUUGGAGUUUAUUUUUAAAGGUGUUUUAAUCGUUGUUUUAAUAAUGUCACUUACUAUUAUGGUAUCACUUAUUAUAUAAGCAUAGAAUUUGUUAUCAUUUGAAUAUGGAUUUCACACAUUAUAAAUAUUUUUAUCAUCAAAACAUCAUAACUGAAAACAUGAUAUCUGGACAUGAAAUCUUCAGCUAUAGAUUGUAAGGACACUCUCCUCUUAUCAUAAUAAGCCAUUUUACAUGCUAAAACCAGUUCAAAAUACACAAAAUCUAAGAAACUCUACAAGAGAUUCAUACUUUCUGUGACUUAGUCCCAACAAUGUUUAGAAUUUAAAAUUUUUUUCAAAUUAAUAAUAAUCUUUAAUUUAUAAUAUACUUAGAAAUUUUGAAAUGAAUUUAGUU